CCUUACAAGCUAAAUCUUAUAGAAUAUAACCCCGCAAAGAUAUCUUCGACCGCCGCUGCCUCUAGUUGACCUUGUCUACACUAUUUGCAUAGUUCCAACAUGGCGGACGACUUUUACCUGCGAUACUAUGUAGGACACAAAGGAAAGUUCGGGCAUGAGUUCCUUGAGUUUGAGUUUAACAAGGAUGGCCGGCUACGGUAUGCCAACAACUCGAACUACAAGAACGACGAGAUCAUUACGAGAGAGGUGUAUGUCAGCCAGUCGGUCAUUGCGGAGCUGAAGCGGAUCGUGGAGGACAGCGAGAUCCUGAAGGAGGACGACAACAACUGGCCUGCUCCCGACCGCGUGGGCCGACAAGAGCUGGAGGUGGUGUUGGGCGGCCAGCACAUCUCCUUCACAUGCACCAAGCUGGGCUCCGUGCUGCAGGUGCAGAACAGCAAGGACCCGGACGGCCUGCGCAUCUUCUACUACCUGGUGCAGGACCUCAAGUGCUACGUGUUCUCGCUUAUAUCCGCGCACUUCAAGAUCCAGCCCAUCCAGAAGUAGGCGGAGGUGGAUCCAGUAGCGGAUUUAAAAGGAGAUGGGAGAGGGGCGCGGCUGGUGCUGCAGGCUGUUGUUUGGUUGAAGGAGGGAGGUGGCAUUACUGGACUGGGGCUGUCGUACGAAGUCUGCGUUGGCGACAUUGGGUUGAUGACAUAUGGUACGGUUAAAGAGUGCUGACAGAUAUGGUGGAUUAUAAGGUAUUGGGUUUUUGACUGGCGACACCUUACAAAAAGUGACCGUGCAUGGCUUUCCAGCCUGCUGGAUAUGUAGUUGUGUAGCCAUGACUCGGGAAAGCUGCUAAGACAUUACUUUGUACAGAAUUCGCGUCAGAAGCGCGUGCCUUGACCACCGAAACGCCGAGUGUUGACAGUAAAUGUUGGUACCAGUCCGGACGACGGGAUGGCAAUGUGCCAAAAUGCACGGGUCAUUAAUAUGUAACGU